AUGGGUGAUCGUAAGCUUGAAGCUCAGAGGAAUGUGAGCAAUGCUGCAACGAAAUAUCCUGAAUCAAGUGCACUAGAAAGAAAUAAUGUUAAAGCAAAUCCCCUUUUCCCCCAAGUGCCACCGUCGACGUCACUGAAGGGCAACACUUCAAUUGCGAUGCCAAGUGGCGCACAAAACCUCCAAGAAUGUGCUUUCUAUGAUGAGACAGUUAGUGUUUGCGGCUUUUCCGGUGAAUGUGCAACCCAGUCAUUGACAAAUGACGAAGAUCGUUCAGACAACAGGAUACCCGCAAUUGAGAGCCGAGUAACAAAGGCUGUUGAGCCACCAGAGUACUCAAAGCCUCCGCAGAAGCAAGGAGACAGCUUGAAAACGCUUAAGCGGCGUAACUGUGCGAUUUGUGUCGGUGUGCUGGUCUUCUCCGUGCUAUUAGGCGUUGUUAGUGGCCUUGUUAUCGGCUUGGUUGGCUACCGCUACAACAUGUUAAACCAGCGGAUCGCAUUGGCAGCCAAAAACCGCAUGGUUCUGAACAGUUCUGUCAACAUUCUUCGUGAUGCCCAUUCAAUGCUGGCGGUCGACUCUCUGAAUCUCCUGCACUAUGUACAAGCCAUGGGAACUAACUACACGAGUGCAGAGGAGAUGCGUGACGCGUAUAAUAGGUCAUUUUUCCUAUUUUCGGCACUUGGCAUGGCGAGUUCACCAGAAGUGGACGAAUUCCUUAUUUUUGUUCCUUUUUGUGAUGAGGUAGAAAUGCAAGAAAACAGAUGUCAUGAUGCUCUGUUUCUAGCGUAUACGUGUGAGCCUCUCCGGAACCGUUCUGAAAAAUGUUUUUAUUCCUUCAACAAUGACAGUGGUGUAGAUACGUUUGAAGUUUUAAAAGACGGUCACGGGGCCCCCUUCGGUUUGAAGUGGUUAAGAACUGAAUCACUCUCGAACUAUAUGGUGAACUCUAGUCAGACACCUCCUACUAACUCCAGCGGCCGUUACAUUGGCUUUGUCACCUCCGAUCCUGCCAAUGAGGUCGUAAAUACAGGCGUAGCACAUCGUCGACAAUUUAAGAAGGACGGUCGCACUGUUGUUUGUGAGGCAAGUGGCUACACUAUUAAUUGGUUUCGGGCAUUUGAUCAGACUCUUCAGAAGGCAAAUGAAAGUUACUCUCUGAUAUUCAACGCGAGCGGCUCCAUACUAGCAUAUUCCUAUAUGUCUCAAAAUCAACAGGGCGGGGUACCUUGCCAUGGUAUCACCCUGGAUGAGAUGAGAAGGGCAAAGAAUGACAACAGCGCGCAGAAUGUAGAAUGCGGCACGAAUGGCGCUGGUGUCCUUGAUAGCAUUGUAGAGCUAUUGUUGGACUUCUUUAAGAAUGAGAAAACAGAACCAGAUGCGCCGAUGAUAGGCCGCUCCGAAAUUGUGGAGAGUAAUGGUUUGGUGACAGCAGUACAAGAGUUUUUUUUUGUCGAGGCAGACCCUCAAGAACACAAACAACUCUAUGCUGCGUAUGCUACGCCGAUGCUGACUGGGCUUGACCGACAGAGUGUACUCCAAGUCAUUAUAUGUGUGGUUGUAGUGGUCGUUUCCAUUUGCGUUCUUGGAGGGGUUAGUUUGUUCUCUAUCAAUCAGCUUCAGAGGACCGUUGAACUGGUAUCUGUACUAGCUGUUCACGUCGCGACGUACGACUUGGAGAAGAUGCAGAUGGUUCUGGAUCGUAAGCAUCAGGGCUUCAGUGUUCCAUUCGGUUUUUUGGGGAUCGAUAUGUUGUCGGAUGAGUUUAACAAAAUUCUCAUGAAUCUAAAGGCCUACCGGCCUUACUUGCCACAGGCGCUUUUGACGAACAUUGCCUGCCCUGAGUGGGGCAAAGGGAGGAUUUCUGACAACGGCUCCUCACCUUCGAAUGGAGAUGAUAAAAUGGAGGGGGCAUACCCUCCUGCGCCUGAUGUUCAAGAAACUUGUAUUGUGGACGGAUCGGAUGUAAACGCUGUUGUGCUAAAUGCCUCCGAAGAAGGGUGGCAAGCUCCUAAGCUGAAGCGUGUAAAAGGUACUGUUAUUGUGGCACAGCUUCAGGGAUGCGUUCUCGGUGAACCUGACUCUUUAACAGUGAUUGAUCAGUUUCUAGCCUUUGUCUUGAAAAAUGUACGGGCCAGCGGCGGUGUUGCUGAUCAAAUUGAAACUGAUCACGUCAUCGUCACAUUCAACUUUCACCUCCCGGUAAUACGCCACCAGCAGAAGGCUUGCCAUUGCGCCAUUGCGAUCCAGGAAGACUGUCGGAAAGCGGACAUGAAGGUAGCUAUUGCCAUCACAUCGGGAGUGAAUUAUGUUGGUACCGUUGGUACAGAUGAGCAGAAGGCGCGUGUUGUUGCGGGUGACGGUGUCCAAUUGGCGAAGCGCCUCGUCACGCUGCAUCGUUACCUCGGCUCGACGAUCCUUGUCACGCAGCAGGUAGCCCAUGAAUCGAACAUCGCCGCCGUCCCUGUAGACAAUGUCGAGGUUUACUCACCCUACUACAAGGUCACACUCCAAUACGUGAUCCUUGAAGUGUCUGGGUCGGCUCACGGUGAACUCUCAUGUGAAGAGGCAUUUUCCAAACAAAUCUUUAGUCUUAUUCUUCGGCGCCAGGGACGUGAAGCACGAGCUUCAGUGAAUCAGCUUAUGCGGAAAUUUGCAUCUAUUGACGAGGCGCCGUGGUAUGCACGUCGCCUUUAUGAGCUUUGCAAACAUAACCAAAGUCUUAUUGAAAGUGGAUACCGGCGAAAAGAGCUGCUGUGGGCCCCGUUGGAGGGAGAAGAACUAUUGGAACGCCACAUGACGGACGAAGCUGCGCGACAGACGAAGGGUUUCCACUCAUUUGAUACGGUUUUUACUGAGAUGAGAGACGGAUCCGGCAACGUUGCCGAUUCGGGCUGCGGCUGUGGUAGCAUGGGGAGCCAAUACACCGAUGAUGUGAAGCGAGCAAAGGUGCAGAUCGAUGCCCAGUCCUCCAGUAGUCGCCGUGCAAUGUUAGUGAAACCUGAUAAGCAGGGUGAGGACGCUCUUAUCUCCCUUUUUGUCCAAGAUGAGGAAACACCAUUUGAGAGUGAAAACGUGCUCGAUCAGGAUGAGGAAAUACUCCACAACGGUUUCCCUAAUAAGGGUUUACCACAGGUAAUUGAAGAUAUCAACCAUCAGAUUUUCUAUCGUACUGACGAGCUACUGGGGAGGGGACAGUUUGGCGAAGUGUAUCUCACCAUAUCGGCAAGCGGGACAUUUGUCGCCACGAAGGUAUUUCCCCUCGAAGAGAAUGGUGCUGCGUUGGUUCAGGAGGUUGAGGCUUUGAUUCAACUGCGCCACGAUAAUAUAGUGGCCUAUGAUACCUGUGCCAUUCAGGACGGCUACUUUUUCAUAUUUACGGAAUACAUGGCUGCGGGGAAUAUGCGCCAGUUGAUCUCACGUCUCGGUCGGAUUCCUGAGAAGACGGUCCGCAAAUACGGUCGUGAUAUUCUCUUUGGAUUGAAGUUUCUCCACACCAUGAAGUACGUUCACUGUGAUCUUAAGCCGGACAACGUGCUUCUCUCGUCGGAGGGCACAUGCAAACUUGGAGACUUCGGUACUGUGCAUCUUGCACGAAGCGUUCCUGACAGAGGUGCAACACUUCGAGGUACACCGCGCUACAUGGCCCCAGAGGCCGUGAUGGGAAACUCGACAGACAAGUCGGAUAUUUAUGGUUUUGGGCUGACGAUGGCACAUAUGUUGCUCGGAUUCAACCCCUGGCAAAAAUACGAGGAGUCGGAUGAACACUUUCUCUUGCGACUUGCGAGGGACGAUGAGGAUAUGAGACCAGCAUUACCUACAGACUUGGAGGACAAGGAACUGGAGCGCGCCGUCCGAAGCUGCUGUGAGCAUGACCCCGCGUUGCGCCCCACAGUCGAUGAGCUGCUCUCUAUGCUUUCAUAA